AUGGCCGAACUCGACGCUGCAUCUCCUAACACCCGACCGGGUGGCAACGAUGACAACCUACGAAUCAAAGAAGUGGGCAACCCUUCUCACAACGCUCACAAUGCGGACGAGUUCGAUAUGGUAGCUUAUCAGAACGAGGUACCGUUAUGGAAGAGGAUCCACCAACACAGUCUGACACAGAUGUUGCUCAUGAGUGUCCAAGCCUUCUGUGGUCCUGCCAUGGCGGACGCUAUUGCCGGCCUCGGCGGGGGCGGGCUGGCAACUCCACAAACUUCGAACAUUGCUACCUCCAUCAACUACGCAUGUUUGGCUAUCACUUGUCUUUUCGGUGGUCCCAUUGUGAAUCGACUCGGUACGAAAUGGGCCUUGGUCCUCGGUGCUAUGUCUUUCCCUAUCCGAGGUGCUUCCUAUUACUGCAACAGUAAAUUCGGUGUGCAAUGGUUCUUAAUCUUUGGUGCUUUCAUCACCGGAACAGGAAGCGGAUGUUGGUAUGUUGCCGAAUCAGGUACGAUCAUGUCCAUCGCUCCCAGUGGGGCUAGAGGAAAAUAUCUCGCUCUUUGGCUCGUGGCCAGAAAUCUUGGUCAAUUGAUUGGAGGUGCUAUCAACUUGUCCAAGAAUCACAAAGCUGGAGCCACCGGAGGGGUAACUCCAGAUACAUACAUCGCUUUCUUGAUUAUUGAAAGUCUUGCCUUCCCAUUCGCCUGGCUCAUCAGUCCUCUACACAAUGUUGUAAGAUCGGAUGGUACGAAAGUCAGAGUUUCCGAGAAACUCUCUACCAAAGCCGAAUUCAAGUUGAUCAAGAUUACAAUGACUUCGAAACUCAUCUUGCUCUCAGCUCUUUGGGCCGUCUGGUCUUUCUUCUACAGUGGUACUUGGUCGACCUACCUGGGUACAUACUUCAGCGUCAGAUCCCGAGCUCUCUCGUCUCUGAUCUCACCUUCUUCUGCAUUAUCGGUUGCUUCGGUCUCGGUUUCAUCCUCGAUAUGA